GCCAUUUUCUAUGAUGACGUCAUCACAGCUGAGGUAAACAAGGGCGACACAACACCUUCACUCUCACUAUUUUAGUCCAUAAUUUACCCAUUUGGGCCCCAAUUUGGGAUUUUUUGGGCUCGUUGGGAGCGUCAAGCACCUGCCUAGGCCUAUAGAAGAUAGAUAUCGUGAAGUGCUAAUUCAAGAUGGGUCGUAUCUUCUUGGAGCACAUCGGAGGAACUAGACUCUUCUCUUGUGCAACCUGUUACACCAUUCUCACCAACCGUACCGAGCUUAUAUCAACCCGCUUCACUGGCGCCACUGGUCGAGCGUUCCUCUUCAAGCGGGUCGUCAAUCUUACCUAUAGCGAGGUGCAGGACCGAGUAAUGCUCACCGGGCGUCACAUGGUGCGGGAUGUGUCGUGCAAGAACUGCAGUGCAAAGUUAGGUUGGAUCUACGAGUUUGCUACCGAGGAAAAUCAGAGGUACAAGGAAGGACGGGUCAUCCUGGAACGAGCCCUCGUCACUGAAUCAGACGGCUUCGAGGAGCAACUGGGGGACGACUAGUGUGUUGAGCUCCAGCUGUGGUUCCUCCUGAUGUACACACACACGGGAAUCGUCACAUGAGAUUCCCUUGACGGCAAAUACACAAGCGUGACGCAAGCCAUUGGUUUCGGCAUAUUAAGGAGUGCUCAUCUAUUUGUGGUAGCAGGGGUUGAAUCAUAGCUCCUGGUCCCAUCUAUAGAAGUGUAAACUCUCUCUAUUUGCUAACACUAUUUUGAGCUUUUAAAUUUAUAAAUAUAGUGUUUUAUAAAAUAUUUCUACGCAGCCUAGAUUGACAAUACUCGUAGCUGACAAGUCAUUUUUGUGUUUCGCGCCCAGUUUCUUUCGUGAUCUCACUUUUUGUUUUCCUUGUAGUAAUUUCAGGAUGUUGUAUUAUGCCAUUCACAAGAGGUGAACCUGGGGUUCAUUAUAGACUUGUUGCCUGGUACAUGUUCAAUACCUUAACAGUACAUGUUCAAUACCUUAACAGUACAUUUUCAAUACCUUAACAGUACAUG